AUCAUACACUCACUGUGCUUUUUACUAGUAUUAUAUUUAUAUCCAGAAAUUUUUUAAUUACUUAUGUUAGAGAAUAGCACAUUAUAACUUAUUCUUUGGGGAUUGUAGCCCUGUAUUUAGUAGAUCAAUAAUGGUCCAGCAGCAUCCCAGAACUCAGUUCAUACUGGGUAAAGAAGAGAGGGUGGUACAGUGAAGCCCUUGUAAUAAGGUUGUAGAGAAGCCUAAGAAAAACGAUAUUUCACAAGAAAGCAGUUGACAUCCAAUGCCUAUGAAGAAUAGUUCAAUUGUAAUAUUUAUAUGUCAAAGCUGUAAUGCGUGGACUACUGCGUGUCCUCCAAAAUUUCGAAAAUGUGGAGAUUUGCUAUUUUCUUGUUGGGAACUUUAUCCCACAGCACUCUUAAAGAUAUUUGGUGUAAAAAUCUGUGUAUCAGGAGAUCACAUUUCUCCUAACGAAUCAGCUAUACUUGUAAUGAAUCACAGAACACGAGUAGACUGGAACUUUUUAUGGGCUGCGAUGUAUCAAGCUUGUAUGCCUGAUAUAGCUUGUCAUAGAUUGAAAUUUAUUUUAAAAGAUCCAAUAAGACAUAUCCCAGGACCAGGAUGGAUAAUGCAAAUGAAUGGCUUCCUUUAUAUAACACGUCGUUGGGAAGAAGACAAAGGCCGACUAUUACGUACUCUGGACUAUCUGGUAUCACUAAGAAGACGUACACAAUUACUUAUAUUUCCAGAGGGUACAGAUUUAACAAAAACUAGUAAAGAGAAGUCUGAUAAAUAUGCUUUACAACAUCAACUACCUCAAUAUACAUAUACAUUACAUCCAAAAACUACAGGAUUUAGUUAUUUAGUACAACACCUUCAGAAAGCAAAUUAUUUUGAUGCAGUUUAUGACUUAACAAUAGCUUAUCCUGAUUAUGUUCCACAAUCUGAAAUUGAUUUAAUUAGGGGUCAAUUACCACAUGAAGUGCAUUUUUAUAUUAAACGAAUACCAUCUUCUGAUAUACCUACACAUGAAUUGAUGUUAAGAAAAUGGUUAGAAGAUAGAUGGUCCAAAAAAGAAGAAAUAUUAAAAAAUUUUUAUGAAAAGAAAAGUUUUCCUACUGAAAUAUGGCCAACAGCAAGGAUGUUACCAUUACAAGCUGCAUUCAGCUUCUGGAGUAUAUUAACUGGCACAACAAUACUGUUAUUAAUUGUUUCUCCAAUAUUUCAACUAUGGGCAUUGGUGCAUGCUAUCUUUUUUAUUGGAUUAUCUUUAUUUACAACUGGAUUUAAUCAAAUUGAAAUGGGAUGGUAUUGGCGCUGGAAAACAUAUCCUUUUUCUGCAAAAUACAGUUAAUAACAAUGUUUAAUCAGAGUAAGUAACAAACUAAUUUAUGCUUUUGUGUCACUGUGAUAUUGGUAUAUCUAAGAUUUGGAUGUACAACUAUCAUACUUUAGAUAAUGUUCCUUCUGUUGUACAUGUUAGAUUUUAAAGAAACAUGUAUUUAGAACAUGUAUAUAUUUACAAAUAGAUAAAAAAUAAUACACGAAAAUGUUAAACAGUUAAAAUAGCAUCAUAAUGAUGUAUAAAAAUUAUUGUGGCAAAAUCAAGUAAAAUUAUUAAUAUAAUCCACAAAAAUCAUGUACUAUAUGGAAAAGUUUUGUACAUUUGUUAUAUAUACAUAUAUAUUUAUUUACUUAUUUAUUCAUUUACUGCAUGCCUUCUGAUGUAGCAGGAGUAUUAAAAGUGUUUUAAAGAUAACAUAACAUUUUGUAAAUAUGCCCAUAAAUAUGAAAAAUCAAUGUUUUUAUACAAUUAUAUACUAUUGCUCAUUUCAGAAAUGAGUCACUUAUAGAAUAAAAAUAUUUUUGAACUAAUAAUAAUAAUUAAUCUAUCAAAAAUCAUCAUUUUAUAAUUCUGCAAAUUAAAUUAUAAAUGAGAGUAAGAAUAUUAAGAUUGGAAGUAAUAUGUUCUUUAACUUCUGUACUUCCAUAAAAAUAUUAGUUUGCUAUCUUCAUUAAACCAAAGAAAAAAGUACAAAUUUGUCUUUAAUUUAAAAAAAAAAAGAAUAAUAUAAAUAAUAGAGUGGA